GAUUAGCUGUUUAAAGACAAGUGUAUAUGGUAAGAUAUUAACUUAGGUUUCCUAUCAAGCAGAAAGGUAGGAUGGCAUCUUCCAAGUUCCAAGCUUUCUACAACCAUCCUGCGGGGCCGAAAACUAUUCAUUUCUGGGCACCAACUUUCAAAUGGGCUGUCAACAUUGCCAACGUUGUUGACAUUUCAACAAAGCCAGCUGAAACUGUUUCUUACCCUCAACAAGCAGCUCUAGCAUGCAGUGGACUUGUUUGGGCAAAGUACAGCACUGUAAUUACCCCCAAGAACUGGAACCUGUUCGGUGUUAGCAUUGCUAUGUUUGCCACUGCUUCUUACCAGAUUUCACGUAAAUUUCAGUAUGAGUUGAUCCACAAGUCGAGUGUUGGGGAAGAAUGUUGAAGAUACACUUGUUUGAUUGAAUUUGAUAAAAAAAGGAGUGAACUCUUCAGGUUGAAUAAGUGACAAACUUUUGUCUUCAUUAACAAAUCCAAUUUGAAUGCAUAAAUUGAGGGUGUA